UUCUUUGGGAGAGUGCGGGUAAGGGGAGGGUGAAAAAGGGCUGCGCCCCUUCCUUGCGUGGACGGACGGGCGGUUUCAGCCGGCUGCUGAGGUCGCUGAGGGCCCGAAGGCGAUGUUUUCCCUGUCGAGCACGGUGCAGCCCCAGGUUACAGUUCCUUUGAGUCAUCUCAUCAAUGCCUUCCAUUCUCCAAAAAGCACAUCAUCUUCUGUCAGUGCAUCAGUUUCUCAAAACCAGCAUCGAGAUGUGAUUCCUGAACAUGAGGCUCCCAGCAAUGAGCCUGUGCUUAACUUAAGGGACCUUGGAUUAUCUGAAUUAAAAAUUGGACAGAUUGAUCAAUUGGUAGACAGUCUACUUCCUGGAAUUUGUAAAGGCAAAAACAUUUCUUCCCAUUGGCAUACAUCUCAUGUCUCUGCACAGUCCUUCUUUGAAAAUAAAUAUGGUUAUAUCGAUGUAUUUAGUACUUUACGUUCCUCUUGCUUGUACAGACAACAUUCAAGAACUCUGAAGAGCAUUUGUUCAGAUCUUCAGUACUGGCCAGUUUUCAUACAGUCUCGGAGUUUUAAAACGUUAAAAUCAAGGACACGACGUCUGCAGUCCACCUCUGAAAGAUUAGCAGAAACACAGUAUAUAGCACCAUCAUUUGUGAAGGGAUUUCUUUUGCGGGACAGGGGAUCAGAUGUUGAGACUUUGGACAAACUCAUGAAAACCAAAAACAUACCUGAAGCUCACCAAGAUGCAUUUAAAACUGGUUUUGCAGAGGGUUUUCUGAAAGCUCAAGCACUAACACAAAAAACCAAUGAUUCUCUAAGACGAACUCGUCUGAUUCUCUUUGUUCUGCUGCUAUUAGGCAUUUAUGGACUUUUAAAAAACCCAUUUUUAUCUGUCCGCUUCCGGACAACAACGGGGCUUGAUUCUGCAGUAGAUCCUGUCCAGAUGAAAAAUGUCACCUUUGAGCAUGUUAAAGGAGUGGAGGAAGCUAAACAAGAGUUACAGGAAGUUGUGGAAUUCUUGAAAAAUCCACAAAAAUUUACUGUGCUUGGAGGCAAACUUCCAAAAGGAAUUCUUUUAGUUGGACCACCAGGAACAGGAAAAACCCUUCUUGCCCGGGCUGUAGCUGGAGAAGCUGAUGUUCCUUUUUAUUAUGCUUCUGGAUCAGAAUUUGAUGAGAUGUUUGUGGGUGUGGGAGCCAGCCGCAUAAGAAAUCUUUUUAGGGAAGCAAAAGCGAAUGCUCCUUGUGUUAUAUUCAUCGAUGAAUUAGAUUCUGUUGGUGGGAAGCGAAUUGAAUCUCCAAUGCAUCCAUAUUCAAGGCAGACUAUAAAUCAACUUCUUGCUGAAAUGGAUGGUUUUAAACCCAAUGAAGGAGUUAUCAUCAUUGGAGCCACAAACUUCCCAGAGGCAUUAGAUAAUGCCUUAAUUCGUCCUGGUCGUUUUGACAUGCAGGUUACAGUUCCAAGGCCAGAUGUAAGAGGUCGAACAGAAAUUUUGAAAUGGUAUCUCAAUAAAAUAAAGUUUGAUCAGUCUGUUGAUCCAGAAAUCAUAGCUCGAGGUACUGUUGGCUUCUCUGGAGCAGAGUUGGAGAAUCUUGUGAACCAAGCUGCUUUAAAGGCAGCUGUUGAUGGAAAAGAAAUGGUUACCAUGAAAGAACUUGAGUUUUCCAAAGAUAAAAUUUUAAUGGGGCCUGAACGUAGAAGUGUGGAAAUCGAUAACAAAAACAAAACCAUCACUGCAUAUCAUGAAUCUGGCCAUGCUAUUAUUGCAUAUUACACUAAAGAUGCAAUGCCUAUCAACAAAGCUACAAUCAUGCCUCGAGGGCCAACACUUGGACAUGUUUCCCUGUUGCCUGAGAAUGACAGGUGGAAUGAAACCAGAGCUCAGCUGCUUGCACAAAUGGAUGUUAGUAUGGGAGGAAGAGUGGCAGAGGAGCUUAUAUUUGGAACUGACCAUAUAACAACAGGUGCUUCCAGUGAUUUCGAUAAUGCAACUAAAAUAGCAAAGUGGAUGGUUACCAAAUUUGGAAUGAGUGAAAAGCUUGGAGUUAUGACCUACAGUGAUACGGGGAAACUAAGUCCAGAAACGCAAUCAGCUAUUGAACAAGAAAUCAGAAUCCUUCUGAAGGACUCAUAUGAACGAGCAAAACAUAUCUUGAAGACUCAUGCAAAAGAGCAUAAGAAUCUAGCAGAAGCUUUAUUGACCUAUGAGACUUUGGAUGCCAAAGAGAUUCAAAUUGUUCUUGAGGGGAAGAAAUUGGAAUUGAGGUGAUCUCUCUUGAAGUGGGUCCGUUGCUGGUUUUAUUGCAAGAAUAUAAGUAGCAUUGCAAUACUCUCCUUUUGCAACACUUCUCUCCCAUUUUUGACCUGGUAUCACUCAAGUGUGUGAAACACUUUAUCAACCUUUUGUCACAUUUAUCUACUUUUGGUUAUUCUCAUGAUGACACCUAUUGCAAAUUAGCAAUCCAAAACAACUAUGUUAAAGAAAAUAAAGAACUAUCAGUAUUGAAACAGCUUGUUUGAGAAAUGCCCAUCAGUUAUUAAGUUGCACAUAAAUAAUGAUUUUAUGCUGGGUUACUCUACUAGAUGUGAAUAAAAUUGUGCCUUGAGCUCCUUGGAAGUCUUUUUACUUAGAAAAAAUGAAAUUGUUGAAGAAUUGUCCUCAUUUCUAGGUAGUACCAUUGAUCUUUGAUAAAGAAAUGAUGCUGUUUGGCUGCUGGUACACCAUAUUUCUACAUACAUCUGUGGAAACUUCAUUAAGAUACACUUAAUUAUGCUCCAGAUUGUCCACAUAUAAAAUUGUGUUUUAAAAAAAAUCUUAAAAAUAGUGAAUUGUAAGUGUAAAGGUACAAUCAGAAUUAAGUGAUUAUAAACUUUUAAAAAUGUA